CUUCUUCCCCCUACCGCUUUCUCCUGGACAGCAAUCACGGCAAUGGCGGAUUACGAUAACUACGAUGACAGGGAUAGGGCUUACGGUAGCUUUGGUGGAGGCCGUGGACCCAGAGGUGGCGGCGGAUCUGGUGGACCCCGAAGGCAGAAGGAACUGCCCACAGAGCCCCCCUACACGGCAUAUGUCGGCAACCUGCCCUUCAACACUGUACAAGGAGAUAUAGACGCGAUUUUCAAAGACCUUAACGUCAGGAGUGUCCGACUAGUCAGAGACAAAGAAACAGACAAGUUUAAAGGUUUUUGUUAUGUAGAGUUUGAUGACUUGGAAUCCCUAAAAGAGGCUUUGACGUAUGAUGGUGCCCUGCUUGGAGACCGGUCACUCAGAGUUGACAUAGCUGAAGGCCGAAAGCAAGAGAGGGGUGGCGGAGGAGGAUUUGGCUUCAGGAAAGAUGAUCGAGGCCGUGGCGGCACUCGUGGUGGUCCCAGAGGAGGGCGCGAUUCCAGAGAUGACUACGAUCAUUCUGGAGGAGGUGCGAUGAGUGAUGAGUCAAGCAGUGCAGGAUACAGAGACGACGACUACAUGGGAGGGAGGGGUCGAGGAGGUGGUCGCCCUAGCGACAGAAGGGGAGCUGGCGGUGGUGGCGGAAUGGGACGUUACAGAGAUGGACCACCUCGCGGGGGCCAGACAGACUUCAGAGAACCUUCUGACGAGGAAAGGGCACAGAGACCGAAGCUACAGCUGAAGCCACGCACAGUGGCUGCCCCUCUAAACCAAGUCGCCAACCCCAACUCUGCCAUAUUUGGUGGAGCAAAGCCGAGGGAGGAGAGUGCAGAAUAACUGCAUUAUUCUGGAAGGCUACACUGGAUCGACUGGCUUUGUUCACCAAAAAUCUUUCAAAGACUUCUCCCAAAGAAAACUGGUGGAGUCAGGCACUGGGUUCCUCACUGCUCACUAACAUACAGCAGCAUCUAAUUGGGUAAAGAGCAAUUGGACCCACGGUUGCCAUGAGGGGCAGGGCAUUGGCAUAUGUGAACCUGACCCAUGCCCCACAUCAAAAGGAACUCUGGACAGUGGCUUCAGUUUGAUUCUGUUGCCUUUGGGUAAGGAUGUUGAUGUGUAAUGAUCUUACCUUUCCAAAGGCAAUCGUUUUGUGUUCACCAAUGAUUCGCCGUUUUAGACAUUGCCGUUAAGGCUGCUGUUUUGGUCUUUUUAUAUAUUUUCCUGCAAAAUUUCUGCUCUUUGUGAAAUGAUUAUCAUUUCAUAUUCAAAGUUCCACUGUCUUAAAAUAUUAAAUGAUUACAAUGCCAACAAAAGAAACAGAACCGUUAUUGUUGUUUGUGUAAUUUUGGAACCCAAUUUUGAAAGAUUUUUGAUCUUAGUCUGUUGAAUCCAUGCGAAAUGGCUUUCUGUAAUAAUGGAGUAUCUAGAAGAGCAAAUGAAUGCUCACUUGAUUAAAUCAAAACAUGGUUUAGGUAAUGCUACAGUCGUUGUCUUGCAAAGUUCUUCCACAGCUUGACAGUUAAUGCAUUUUAUCCAAAACAGGAUGGAUCACUUAAACCACUGCAAAAUGUAAAAUUUUUAACAUAGGAAAUGUGCUGAAAAAAAACAGAAAAAACAAAAAGAUUCAACUGCUCUCAUUUGUCCGACGGAAACUCAGCUAAGAUGUGCUGUAGUUUGCCUUCUCGUAGAUCAAGUGUAGAUUGCUUUUGAGAAUUUGUGUGUUGCAACCAUUUUUAUUUACAUUUUACUGGAUAUGAAAUUGAGAAAGUGAUACUUUUUCUUACUGUACUAUAGAAGGAUCAGCUGUUUUUAUUAUUUUUUUGGUUCAUUUUUCCUACACUGUUUGGCAAUAAAAUGUAUCAUCUUACAUUA